AUGGCUGCGAGAAGGCAUUGUGCCUGCGAGUCGGAACGAUGGUGCUGUGUGAUCGAUAUGGAUAUGUUCUAUGCUGCUGUGGAGAUAAGAGACGACCCUUCCCUUCAUGACGUCCCUCUCGCGGUGGGCGGCGACGCAAUGAUAUCAACCGCGAACUACGUCGCUCGGAAGUAUGGAGUCCGCGCGGCGAUGCCCGGCUUUAUAGCACGUGAGCUGUGUCGGCGACAAGGCGUAGAAUUGAGGUUGGAAGGGCCCUCUGGGGUUGUGGUGAUGAUGGAGGGGGGCCUCAGGUUCAAGCCUGUGGACAUGCCCCGUUAUCAAGCUGCUAGUAAGAUCUUCAAGGAUACAGUAUCGCUCUAUGGCCCUAUGAAGAUGCUCUCGUUAGAUGAGGCGUACAUUGAUAUUACUGCAAAAGUGGCAGAGGCAGCGAUGGUGGAUGAGAGUAUAAGUGAGGUAGAAGCUGCAUCUUUGCUGGUCUCCCGUAUGCGGGAGGAGGUCUGUGAGAAGAGUAGUGGCCUCACAUGUAGUGCGGGUAUAGCUAGAGGAUGCUUCCGUCUGGCCAAGAUGGCAUCUGAUGUUAAUAAGCCCAAUGGCCAGUUUAUGGUACCAACGACGACCCAAGGGAUGCUGGAGUGGCUACAUAGCAUGCCAAUCCGGAAGUUGCAUGGUGUUGGACGAGUUAGCGAACGAGAGCUCAGCGCUGGACUAGGCAUCCAUAAGGUUGGUGAUAUCAUCAUCAAAGCGGCGGAGUUACUUCACGCGAUGUCUAGUAGUGGAGGUCAUUGGCUCAUCGAUGCAGCCAUGGGGGUGACCGAUAUGGAGGAUGUUACUGCAGCCGCCGAGUCGGGACCGAAGUCCAUCAGCCAGGAACGGUCGCUAUCAACGGCGAAGUCCGGCUCAGCCGCCUACCUCCAUGAGGUCCUUGAGGAACUAUGUUCACAGGUUAUGGAGCUGUGUGCUGAAAAGGAGCAGUAUGGUCGCUGUGUGACGGUGAAGCUGAAGACGUUCGAAUGGGAUGUGAAGCAGAAGUCCAAUACCCUGAAGAGGGAGGUUCGAAGCGGGAGGCUCUUAUAUGAGGCAGCGAGUGAGCUGAUGAGUACAGCCUUGGCGACUCUAAAGAAGCCUAUUCGGUUGCUGGGAGUGAGGGUCUCCUCCUUCCAGACGGCUGUGCCCCAGGGGCAGAGUACUCUUGGGGACUUUCUAGCUGCACAUAAGGCCAGUAGUAGCAGGGUGGCGGUGGAUGAGUGCAUUACUGUUGAGAGCCAUGAACAUGGGGGGAUAGGCGAGGCGUGGAGCUGUAGUGUCUGCACCUUCCUCAACAAGGCAACGGAUCGGAGAUGCGAGAUGUGCCAUGAGAAUCGAGUCGGCCCAGUAGCUGAGCUGGGGAGUAGUCGUGGUAGCAAAAGGCCUAUGCUGGAAGGUGGGGGCAGUAGGGCUAGGAAGGUCCACAAGAAGGGUGCUAUAGAGAGCCGUAGGCGCUCGGGCAAUACCACAGCGAGGGAAGAGCCUUCGACAGCAGCUCCUCAGCAUGAGGAUGAUGGAGGGAAGGAUGCGGGUGGAGGGUCCUCUACUGUCGCGGACCCUCCUCCUCAAGUGGCACCGAUGGUCGGGUGGGCCACAGCUGGAAGCGGCUCCCAAGGAGGAAAGAGGCGUACUGCUGCUGCUACUGCCGCCCUGGAUGAUGAUGAGGAUGACGACGAUGGUAUACCUAUCAUACCGGACCUAGAGGAGGAAGAGGAGGAGGACAUGACCAGGUAG